GAACAAUUACUAUCCAUUUUCUUUUACUGCACCUACCUUUAGUAGAAAUAGAACAGGGUUUACACUUCACGUUCCAUUCCAUUUCAUUCCAUUCCGAUCUCUAAAUCACCCAAAGUCACGACUCAAUCGCUUCUCCCGACAGAUAAUAAUGAUUCCCGCAAGAUGAAGAAAAAAAAGCACAGCGAAACAGCAAAGGAAGACAGGCUCAGUGACUUACCAGAUUGCGUUCUCCUUCACAUAUUGACAUUCGUGAACGCCAAACACGCCGUACGAACUUGCGUCUUAUCCAAACGCUGGAAGAAUCUCUGGAAGAGCCUUCCUUCCCUUAUACUACACUCUUCAGACUUUUGGACUUUCAAAAGCUUCACCAAAUUCGUGUCUCGCCUUUUGUCCCUUCGCGAUGGCUCUGUCGCACUUCACCAUCUCGAUUUCGAGCGUCACGGUUGCAUUGAGCCUCAACUUCUCAAGAGAAUCGUGAAGUACGCCGUUUCACACAAUGUUCGUCAGUUAGGAAUCUCUGUUAUGUGUGAUAUUAAUCACAUUCCGCUUUCAAUAUUUUCUUGUCAGACUUUAACAUCUCUUAAGCUUUCGGUUUGCCCUAAGGGUUACAUUUAUGGAAGCACGUUGUUUCCCAAAUCUCUGAAUUUAGGAGCGUUAAUCAGCUUGCAUCUUCAGCAUUUUACCUUUUGCAAUAGCGACAAUGACCGAGCCGAGCCGUUUUCGGCAUGUAACAGGUUGAGUGAUUUGAUUAUUGACCAUUGUACGGUAAGAGAUUCGCUAAUUCUAUGCAUAUCGAGUUCAACGCUCCGGAGCUUAACUAUGCGUUCUGAUCAUUCUAAGGACUUUUACAAAAUUGAGUUGUCUACGCCAAAUCUUCGUAGUUUCACUUUUACGGGUACUCCGUAUCAGCAACUCAUUGGGAACAAUCUUUCCUCUCUUGAACAAGUGAAUAUUGAUGCUGAAAUCUGGUCAACUUCGUUGGAAUCGCCUUUGAUCCUAUUUAGCUGGCUGCUAGAGCUUGCUAAUAUAAAAUCGUUGACAGUUUCUGCAAGUACUCUUCAGGUUCUCUUCUUAAUUCCUGAUUUAUUGAAGAUUAAACUCCCUUGCUUGGGUAACUUGAAGUCGUUGAAAGUGAAACUGAAACCACUUUCACCUAUAUUUUCCAUGACAGUGAAAGCUGCCAAGUCAUGGAAAGCAGCACUGAAACCAUCUCCACCACCUAUACCUGAUGGAAUAGUGGACUUUUUGCUUCAAAACUCGCCAUCGGCAAAAGUUGACAUGAUAAAUUUCUCAAGGUGAAUGCAACGAAGAUUCAGUCGAGAAGCACCAAUCCAACACCUACUACGUGAUAGUGGGUGGUGAAGGGUGCUAAUCGACAAUAUCUCCUUACAAUGCCUUCUUUAUUAUAUUAACCUUCCUUUUUGGAUUCUAGGAAAAAAAAAUAGUUCUGCUAACUUUAGUGAAGCGCCUGCUGUCUCAUUUGGUAAAACAUCUUGGAUGUCCACAAUAUCAUUCUUGCUGAUACAGUCUCAAUUUUAAAGCUAAAUUCUAAUAUGCAGACCAAACGACUUUCCGGGAGUAUCCCUCGUGUUAAAUUCUAAUGUACGAAUGCUGUACCUCUCAUUUGUAUGUCUACUUGUCUGUGUAUGAAUGGGUAUAUUCUGUUUUGGGAGUCUUUAUGAAUCAUUUAGUUCCUG